GUCAAGGAUUGUCAAUCGCUUGUCAAACUAUAUAUUUUUUGUGAGAAGUGUUUAUUUUCAAGAAUUAUUUACCAAUUCCCAUAAAUAUAUUAACAAUUUAUUACUAAAAACAAUGUCUGUGCCGCCUCAAGCAUUUGUUAACAAAAACAAGAAACAUUUUCUUGGUAUUCCAGCACCUCUAGGUUACGUCGCAGGUGUCGGUCGAGGUGCUACCGGCUUUACCACACGAUCUGAUAUCGGACCUGCGAGAGAUGCGAAUGAUGUUUCUGACGAUCGCCAUGCACCACCUGCGGCUAAACGUAAAAAAACUGAGGAAGAGGAUGAUGAUGAGGACUUGAAUGAUUCCAAUUAUGAUGAAUUUUCAGGAUACAGUGGCUCUUUGUUUUCAAAGGAUCCUUAUGACAAAGAUGAUGCGGAAGCUGAUGCUAUUUAUGAAUCUAUCGACAAGAGAAUGGAUGAAAAGAGAAAGGAAUAUAGAGAAAAGAGACUAAAGGAAGACUUGGAAAGAUACCGUCAGGAAAGGCCCAAAAUUCAACAACAAUUCUCUGACCUCAAACGUGAGUUAAAAAUGGUGUCUGAAGAUGAAUGGGCAUCAAUCCCAGAAGUGGGUGAUGCGCGUAACAGGAAACAGCGUAAUCCACGCGCAGAGAAGUUCACACCAUUACCAGAUAGUGUGUUGUCAAGAAAUUUGGGUGGGGAGUCCUCAACUUCCAUUGACCCAGGCUCUGGUUUGGCUUCUAUGAUGCCUGGAGUCAUGACGCCGGGCAUGUUGACACCUUCAGGUGAUUUGGAUUUGAGGAAGAUUGGUCAAGCGAGAAACACACUGAUGACAGUAAAACUUUCUCAAGUGUCAGAUUCUGUGACAGGACAGACAGUUGUAGAUCCCAAAGGAUAUUUGACAGACUUGCAAUCUAUGAUACCUACAUAUGGCGGUGAUAUCAAUGAUAUAAAGAAAGCCAGGUUGCUGUUGAAAUCUGUGCGUGAGACUAAUCCAAACCAUCCACCAGCUUGGAUUGCUAGUGCCCGCCUGGAAGAGGUUACUGGUAAAGUGCAGUCAGCUCGUAAUCUGAUAAUGAAGGGUUGCGAGGUGAACCCGAGCAGCGAGGAGCUGUGGCUGGAGGCGGCGCGCCUGCAGCCGCGCGACACGGCGCGCGCCGUCAUCGCGCACGCCGCGCGCAACCUGCCGCACAGCGUGCGCAUAUGGGCCAAGGCCGCCGACCUCGAGCAGGAGGCCAAGGCAAAACGUCGCGUCUACCGCAAGGCGUUAGAACACAUUCCCAACUCGGUACGUCUGUGGAAGGCAGCGGUGGAACUCGAGAACCCUGAAGACGCUCGGAUUUUAUUGUCCCGAGCUGUAGAGUGUUGUCCAACGAGUGUGGAGCUUUGGUUGGCGUUGGCUCGGCUGGAAACUUAUGAGAAUGCCAGAAAAGUACUCAACAAGGCCCGUGAAAAUAUUCCCACUGAUAGACAGAUUUGGGUGACUGCUGCUAAGCUUGAAGAGGCACAUGGUAAUACACACAUGGUUGAAAAGAUUAUAGACCGAGCGAUUACAUCGCUCAGUGCUAAUGGAGUGGAAAUUAACCGCGAACACUGGUUCAAGGAGGCCGUGGAAGCUGAGAAAUCUGGAGCGGUGCAUACAUGUCAGGCCAUUAUUCGUGCAGUGAUAGGUCACAGUAUCGAACCGGAAGAUCAGAAACACACGUGGAUGGAAGAUGCUGAAGCUUGUGCGAACGAUGGUGCGUUCGAGUGCGCUCGCGCAGUAUACGGUUACGCGCUGUCAAUAUUUCCGUCGAAGAAGUCAAUAUGGCUGCGGGCGGCGUACUUGGAGAAACAGCACGGCACGCGAGCCAGUCUAGAGGGUUUAUUGCAAAGAGCUGUAGCGCAUUGUCCCAAAUCCGAGGUCCUUUGGCUCAUGGGUGCUAAGUCUAAAUGGCUGGCAGGUGAUGUCCCAGCGGCCAGAGGUAUCUUAUCACUCGCCUUCCAAGCCAACCCCAACUCGGAGGAGAUUUGGUUGGCCGCCGUCAAACUCGAGAGUGAGAACAAAGAGUACGAUAGAGCGAGAAGGUUGUUGGCUAAAGCUCGCGCUUCUGCUCCUACGCCUAGGGUAAUGAUAAAAUCUGCCAAAUUGGAAUGGGCAUUAAAUAAUUUGGAGGCGGGAUUAAAAUUACUGGAAGACGCGAUCAAAGUGUUUCCAGACUAUGCUAAACUGCACAUGAUGAAAGGACAAAUAGAAGAGCAAAUGGGUAAAGACGAAGAUGCGCAUAGCACGUACUCGCAAGGGUUGAAAAAAUGUGCAACAAGCAUACCCAUGUGGAUUUUGUUGUCAAGGCUAGAAGAAAAGUUAAAACACGUGACUAAAGCAAGAUCAGUGCUGGAAAAAGCGAGGCUUCGGAAUCCCAAAGAAGCAGAGUUGUGGUUAGAGAGCGUCCGCCUUGAGCGUAGGAACGGCAGCGCGGAGAUCGCCAACGCGGUGAUGGCGAAGGCGCUGCAGGAGUGUCCCAGCGCGGGCCGCCUGUGGGCCGAGGCCAUAUUCAUGGAGUCCAGACCGCAGAGGAAGACUAAGAGCGUGGACGCGUUGAAAAAAUGCGAACACGACGCGCAUGUUCUACUCGCGGUAUCGCAACUCUUCUGGACUGAAAGGAAACUUAACAAAUGCAGAGAUUGGUUCAAUAGGACGGUAAAAAUCGACCCGGACCUAGGCGACGCGUGGGCUUACUUCUACAAGUUCGAGUUACUGCACGGGAACGAGCAGCAACAAGAGGAGGUGAAGGCGCGCUGCAAGACCGCCGAGCCGCACCACGGCGAGCGCUGGUGCCGCGUCUCCAAGGACAUACACAACUGGUGCUUCAGCACGGAGCAGAUACUACUCCUCGUUGCUAAGGAUCUGCCGGUGCCUACAUAAGCGAACGCUCUAGCUGAUUUGUCAAAAUGCCGCAUAGGCCACGGCCUAGUGGCGAAAUAUUACAAAGUAGGAGUGGCACUAUCGCAACCCGGGACCUUUUUACCUUUCUUUUGAUUGGAUGCGGGUGCGCAUGUGCGAAGCGGCACAAACUGAGUCGCCUAUACUUAAGGAAAGUAUAAAUCUAGGACUGAACAGACGUAAAAGGGGGAGCAUCGAGUACAUCUACAUCUAGUAGUUAAGGUUAUAUGAGUGUCGACAUAAGUGAAAGUGAUUACUGUAGUAAAAGAUACGCUCGCCAGAUGUCGCUAUAAGUGGGAUGGCCGUGGAUUUUCAAGUCAAAGUGCGUAGUGACAGUUUUCCACCAUCAAAGUAGCUGUUAUGGCAAAAAAACUGAUUUCCCCUAAUAUUAUGUAUAUUGUAUAAGUGUUGUGCAAUUAAAGUGUAUUAGAAAAGUAA